GCUAAAUGGCGUUUUUCAGCAGAAGCAACAAUAUAUUGUUCCUGGCUCUGUUCUUUUUGGUGACCUGCUUUCUGACGAUCUUCCUCUACUCGGGCGUGAAUCAUGAGUACUUGCGAGUGCAGUCAAUGACGAUCUAUGCUUGUCUGGUGGUGGUCAUGCAGUUCACACUGGCUGACUUCAUCAGGUUUCUGGUGCUGUCCAUAGACAAAGCCACGUGGCCAACUAAGCAGCAAGACAAUGUCGUCGACGAUAGCAGCAAGCAGCAUACGCGCUUGGAUUAUCUCAAGCUGCGGCUGGAGACGCUGCGUGCGCAGCUGCUGAUUACGCCGGAGCAUCGCGACGAGCGACUUAAUCUCAAAUAUCAGACCAUAGGACGCGAUCUGUGGCUAUAUGGCAAGUACUUUCUGCUGCUGUGCGCCCUGGUGCUGGUCACACGCAAUGAGCUGCUCUAUCAUGACUACCACUUCAAAGUUGCGCUCAUGGAGCGCAAUCAGAGUCUGACGCGCGGCAUCAAUGAAACCUUCGUACUAAGCGAUGUCUACACAUUCAUUAACAGCACGCUGGUGAACGCCUUUAAUCCGAACCGUACCGAAAAGGGUCUGCGCCGCUGGUUGUAUGGAGAUCACACAACAAAGCUGGGCGUGGUGCGAUUGCGGCAGCUGCGCCGAUGCCAAAGACACAUUGGCUGGAAGUGGCAGGUUUUUACCACUAGGGAUUACAAUACAGGGUGGAAGCUGCCGUACAGUCGCGUGCCGUAUACGGACAAGUACUGGCGCAUCUAUGAGCCCUGGCUGGCGUAUGGCUCGCAUCCCGACAUCAAGGGCACCAUCUACAUUGACAUUCAGCAUCACGGCUACUUCCAGUAUUAUCCCGAGCUCUCGGGCUACGUCACGCUGCUGGCGCGCAGUUCCAAUAAUUCGCGCAUUGUCUUGGACUAUCUGAUAGAGAAAAACUGGCUAAAUACGAAUACAUCCAUGCUCUUCAUGGACUUUACCACCUACAACGUGGAUGCGGAUAUUUUUACCAUAUUUACGAUUAUGGUGGAGCGCACGCCCCUUGGCAGCAUUGAGACCAAAGUAUUAGUCCAGAGCGUAAUGCUGCUGGGGCUGCAUAAUCUAUCCUUUAUACGUCUGUUAAUCACGGCCAGCUAUGUCAUAGUCUUUCUGCAGUUUGCCAAGUCGCUGAUAGGCACGCUCUGGCAUGAGCCGCGUCAGUUCAAGCGUGUGUGGAAUAUAGUGGACGUGCUGAUUAUUGGACUGAAUGUGUUAAUCCUAGGACUGUUUAUCAAGAAGGAGGUACUGACAGAGGCGCUGCUCAAGAAGGUGGAGGGCUCCAGCACACUACACUUUCUGGAUUACCGCGAGCCAGCGCGUGUUCAAAAUAUCAACGAAAUCCUCACGGGCUGCCUCGUUUGCUUGGCCACUCUGCGCCUGUGGAAGGUUAUGCAGUUCGCCAGUGUCUUCAAGCUAUUCACAAGCACUCUCUACUCGGCCUGGAAGGCGCUGCUUAGUACCGCUCUGCUUAUUGGCAUUGUCCUAGUGGGCGUUGGCAUCGCUCUGGUCAUUAUCAAUGGCAAUAAUUCAAUCCACUUUAGCUUGCUGCCCGUGGGCGUUGUCACUGCCAUCUGUUUAAGCUUUGGAUUCAGCAACCAGAUUUCGCCCAAGGAACAAUUUUAUGGUGGAGAGCUGCUCGGACUGUUCUUCUAUGCUCUGCAGUGCUUUGUGCUGGCCAAGCUGCUCAUUAACGUACUGGUCUCGCUCAUUCAUGACUACUUUAUGGCUGCCAAGGCUAAGCGAGAUGCCACGCAAAAGAAUGAGAUUGGCUUUCCGCAGUUUUUGAAGCUUGAAUUCGCUGAUCUCUGGCGAUUCUUUCGCAGAGCUCCCUGCUGCAGCAAGAAGUAUCGUCGCCGCAAGCGCACCGUGGCCCAGAAUAUUGACCGUAUACUGAAGGCUAAUGAGGGUUAUCGGUUGAAGCACAGAUACAAAGCCUUUUCGCGAGCAACAGGUGGUCCACAAAACUACACCACACUCCAAGCUGCCGAUAGGAUCAAGCACAAUGAAUACAUAAGACGCGUGGAUCGACUCUUUAAUGUUGCCGCCAUACUGCAGAUCCAAAUGGAGCUGCUGGAGCAUUUGCUCUUCGACGAUGAGGGCAAUUACCAAGACGACGAGGAUAACUACACUGGUCGCAAUGAAGGUUAACUCAAACAU